AUGGAAAGCACAAAACAGAGACAGUAUGCAUAUCUAGCAAAACAAUUAGAUCAGUUACAUGCAAACCUCCAGAUUACCAAAGAGGAGAUGGAAACAAUGUCGUCUCAAUGCAACACACAUCUAAUAGGACAAUUGGGUAAAGUUAAUGCAAGCUGGUUCAUUGCCUCAAAUAGAUUUUUAAUACACGAGUUCUUCCAGAAUGAGAAAACUGGUGAAGAGAAAUAA